AAAUCAAGUAAUGGUUAUAUGAACGCUGACUAAAUUACAUUGAUAACAUUUGCACACAUAUGUGGGCACAAAAUGUUGCCUUUAAUUCUACUGUGUCUUUUUGUGAGCCCAUUGUAUGGUUUAAACGAUUAUUCAAAUGAGACGUUUGCAGAUCUGUUAGAAUUAGCAGUGGACGACGAUGCCAAAUGUUCUGAUACAUUAUUCGUCGUUCGCGCAAGUCUAGAGAGAGACGAUCUGAAGGCAUUCCUCAGAAAUGUUACACACAAACACAGAUGCGUAUACCUUAAAUACAAUAGCCUUGGUGUCAGUGUCGUAAGAUCAUCUGACGUAGAUCGCUUUGUCAACCACCUGCCAGGGACCGGAAUACUUUUACAUUCACAAAAUAAUCCAGCAAUCGAUGAUACAGCGGACAGUAUUUCCUGGCUGGUUGGAGUAAAACAUUUGGUACUUAUACUAGAAGACAGCGAAAGAUUUGCUAUUUCUGAAAGAUAUGCAUCGAUAAUGAACGCAAUAAAGCAGACAGGAAUAAACAUAAGCAUAGUAAUGAUGACGGAAGAAUAUUCUGAACUGGUCCCAAGAAGACGUGCUUCACGUUCCGCUAGCGGUGUGGAAUUAUACCAGUUGCUGGCUAACAUCUCUGGCAACCCCGUGUUUUACACGAACAAGAAUAAUAUGGCUAACGCAGUGGAUAUGCUCUCGCAAAGUUUAUCAUCGUUUAGAGUAACACUUAUGCGGUUUAUAUACACCAGACCAGCAGGAUCUAAGUUUCCCUUAUCAAUAGACAACACAUUGACUAAAUUCGUCGUAAAAGUUCAAGCAGUUAGAGCACAACCAGUAAUGAUACUUACGAACCCUUCUGAUUUACCGUCCUCCAUACGACCAACCAUCAUUGGUGAGGCCGCUUCCGGAUCUAUGGCUGCCACACUUGAUGUUAACAUUUCCCAGUCGUCUGAUUAUGGGCGAUGGAACGUUAUGAAAAUGGAUCCCUCCGUGUGGGAUGUCACUAUUGAAGGCGAAAGUCCCGUUGACUUCACUUAUCAGUUUGUUGAACCGGGACCAAACGGUUUGGGACAUUACCCCGUCCAAGGAAGACUCAUUGCUGGGUCUACCUACAGGCUUAUUAUAAGAGUCAAUAACUAUUACAUGCUGGACAAAAUUUCGGUCGCUUUUCUGAUGAAAAGAGACUCUAUAUUGCCAAUAAGCUUUGGACCGCUUACAAACAUUGGAGGAAGAAGUGGAGCGUCUUAUUUUAGUACAAACAUUACAAUUCCUGAACAGCCUUUUAUGGUCGCUAUUGAGGGUAGAGAUAGAACACGGCACACCUUUCGUCGCACUGAUCCCAUUGAAAUAACGCCGGUCACAUUGCGACUCAUCGUACCACCACUUACUGAUACGGACUUUUACGUCAAUGAAACUUUAGAUAUUCCAUUCAAUGUCAUAAAUGUCGGAAAGACAGAACAAGAUAUAGAUGUACAGAUUGAAGAUGACAUGCAGUUUUCCUUGAAUCCGAAAAUACAUUCAUUUAUAAUAAAAGCUGGGAUGAACGCAAGCGGGCAUUUCACCGUCCGCGCGGGUCUUACACCUUGGGCUACAACAACCAUUACCAUCGUCGCCAAGCCUUUUGUCCGGAUAAGUACAUUCCAGAUGGGCCAAUAUUUUAUCAGACGUCUUACAGUCCAUGAGAAAAACACUUCACAUCCAUCGCCGGUCCCGGAUUUCAUGAAUGGCAGUAAUUCAACCGUAUCCAGCCUGUCAUUGGCAAAGACGACACCAUCCUCUGCAACACAAAACAAACCUUCGUUAGCGUCAACUCUAACUCCGACACAAUCAAAGAGUUACCAAUCUUGUGACUGCAGUUCGGUAUAUUGGCGAAUGUCUCUCGAGUUCGGACCAACUGGAUUUUACUAUCAUUUUCAUUCAGAUAGUGCUACUGAUUUCAUGCGAAACGGAAACACGGUCAAUAUAACCUCCCAGUGUUGUCGCCAGAUGAUAGUAGUGGAUAAAAGUGCCAUCUCUGCGCACAACUGGCAGACACAAGUUUCGUUGAAAAACCAGACCGACGUAGCCUCCAGCAGAUGCCCGGUCAUUGAGCCUACCACCACCACCACCACCACGACAACUACAACGACAGUCGUCACCACAACAACAUCUAACGGCACCAACUCGACGACUCGCUCGUCUCAAUCAUCCACAAGUAGCUCGCCCUAAAUGUUGUCGACCACAAUUGCCCUGAUUUUAAAUGUGAUUCUUAUAAAUGUGUGUGCUCUUCGACCAAAAUUUUUAGUGAUAUGUAAUGUUUUAACUGUAAAGAUAGUAAUGGAAAUCUAAGAUGAUAUAAAGGCGAAUCGUGUUUGUUUAAGACUCUCCAUAAGUUUCACUUUGUACAAAUGUAUUUCUUAGAACGUCACUCGCAAGUAUAAAUUAAACAGAAACUAAUGUGGAAAUGUGGUUAUGAUACUUUUACUUUAAAUUUCUCAAAGCGAUUUUAAUAUGUAUUUAUAAUACGAAUUAAUGGUUACACACGAUUUUGUUCAAACUCUUUUCUUGUUUUUAUAUAACCAGAAUAAAUUUAUUUCUGCUUU